CUCGUGCAGACGGAAUGUCCUGGGCGACCAGGCGGGCAGAGGCUGUAGCGGUCACCAGCGUCAAGGUUCCUCUCUCAGACCCCCCCGGCCCAGGGGUCAUCCUGAUGGCUGUGUAUUUCUCCAAGAUAUGGUUGCCAAUCAUGGGCGUCCGGGUCGAUCGCGGUCCAAGCUGCCCAUACACAGCUCGCGUGCCUAUAUGAGUUCGCGCGCGCCCUCCCGGGUGUUAGUAGAUUGGUAUUUCAAGCCACCUAGCUACCCACCUGUCUAGCUGCCCCCACUCGUCCCCGAGCGAUAACGAUGGUGGUUUUCGCCAUGGGGUGUCCCUCUGGACUCCGCGGUCUCUCGCUCGCCCUCCUGGCGAGUACAGCAUCAGCCGCCGUGAUACCUCGAGACCCUAUUCCCGAUGGCUUUGUUGCCCCCCCGUAUUAUCCAUCCCCCUACGGCGGGUGGGCCGACGACUGGGCUGAGAGCUAUAGCAAGGCGACCAAGCUGGUAUCGCAGAUGACCGUAGCCGAGAAGGUGAACAUCACUGCUGGUACCGGUCUUUUCAUGGUAGGGCGCUGUGUUGGCAACACCGGCAGCGUACCCCGAUUAGGGUUCCCGCAGCUCUGCCUACAGGAUGGACCCCUUGGUAUUCGCUCGACCGACAAUAACACCGCGUUCCCCGCCGGGAUUACCACUGGUGCGACCUUUAACAAGGAGCUUAUAUACCAGAGAGGUGUUGCCCUCGGCGAGGAAUUCAGGGGCAAGGGAGCCAACUUCUACUUGGGACCGAGCGUCGGUGCCUUGGGGAGGAAACCGAGAGGGGGUCGUAACUGGGAAGGCUUCGGAUCGGACCCGGUGCUCCAGGCAAUAGCCGGAGCGGAGACGAUCAAGGGCGUCCAGGAGCAAGGAGUUAUUGCGACGCUUAAGCACCUGAUCGGAAACGAGCAAGAGCUUUACCGCAUGUACAACCCAUUUCAACGAGCGUACAGCGCAAAUAUCGACGACCGAACAAUGCAUGAAGUGUACCUCUGGCCAUUCGCAGAAGGCGUUAGGGCUGGCGCGGGCUCAAUCAUGUCAGCAUAUAACGAUGUAAAUGGCUCUGCCGCUUCUCAGAAUAGUUACCUUCUCAACGGCCUCUUGAAAGACGAACUAGGCUUCCAAGGCUUCGUGAUGACCGACUGGCUCUCCCAGAUCUCGGGCGUUGCUGCUGCUCUAGCCGGUCUCGAUAUGUCCAUGCCUGGAGACACGAUUGGAAACGCCAUUCCUCUGACUGGGCACUCCCAUUGGAUGUAUGAGCUCACGCGAUCGGUCCUAAACGGCUCCGUACCCGUUGAUCGCCUCAAUGAUAUGGCCACGCGUAUCGUCGCGACGUGGUAUCAAUUCGGCCAGGACAAAGAUUUCCCUCCUCCUAACUUCUCGACCAAUACGGCCGAUCGAGAAGGGCCCCUAUAUCCGGGUGCCCUGUUCUCUCCGUCUGGUGUGGUUAAUGAAUACGUUAACGUGCAGGGGGACCAUAAGGUGGUGGCCAAACAAGUAGCCCAAGAGGCGAUCACGUUGCUCAAGAACGACGGGGGUUUCCUUCCUCUAUCGACCUCGACGCCACUGUUCGUCUUCGGCACCGACGCGCAGGCGGAUCCCAGAGGCAUCAACUCGUGUGUGGAUAAGAGCUGCAACCGAGGCCUCCUAGGGAUGGGAUGGGGUUCGGGUUCGGCAAACUACCCAUACUUGGAUGACCCCAUCAGCUCCCUGAGGCGCAAGGCGGCUAACGUGACCUACUACGCGACGAAUAGCUUCCCCAGUGUCCAGACGCCAGGUGGUGGCGACACCGCCAUCGUUUUCAUCAGCUCCGACGGGGGCGAGAACACGUACACAGUGGAGGGUAACCACGGCGACCGCGACGCUAGCGGGCUCGUGGCCUGGUACAACGGCGACGAGCUUGUGCAGAAGGCAGCUGCGAAGUACAGCAACGUUGUCGUCGUCGUCCACACGGUUGGCCCUAUUGUUGUGGAGCCCUGGAUUGAUCUGCCCUCGGUCAAGGCCGUGCUCGUCGCGCAUCUUCCAGGGCAGGAAGCCGGUGACUCGCUAACAGAACUCCUGUUCGGUGAGGCGUCGCCGAGCGGACACCUUCCGUACACCAUUCCCGUCUCCGAGAAGGACUUCCCCGAUAGCGUCGGCCUCGUGGCGACGCCCUUGAGCCAGACGCAGGACACGUACUCGGAGGGCAUAUAUAUCGACUACCGGUACCUCAACAAGCACGGCAUCAAGCCGCGGUUCGCCUUCGGCCACGGGCUAAGCUACGCAUCGUUCACGUUCUCCAAUGCGACGAUCAAGCGUGUCCCGAACGCGCCACUGUCGGAAGAACCGCCCGCGCGGCCGCCCAAGCUAGCGUCGCCCAUCGCCGGGCUCGACGUCAGUUUGCCGGACGCCACUGAGGCAUACUAUCCGGAGUCUGGCCUCGACCGUAUCUGGCGGUAUCUGUAUCCGUGGCUCGAUAAGGGCGACGCCGACAAGGCGUACACGAUUGGUGUUGAGGGCCGUGAGAAGUACCCGUAUCCAGAGGGUUACUCUCCCGAGCAGCGGACCGAGGUGCCCGUCGCGGGCGGCACCAACGGCGGCAACCCGGCGCUAUGGGACGCGGCGUACGAGGUGACGGUGACGGUGACGAACACUAACACGGGCAAGGCACCGGCGGGCAAGGCGGUCGCGCAGGCGUACGUCCAGUUCCCGGCUGGGAUCGCGUGGGACACGCCGCCGGUGCAACUGCGGGACUUCGCGAAGACGGGCAAGGCGCUCGGCGGCGGCGAGAGCGCGCAGCUACGGCUCAGCCUCACGCGGCGCGACGUCAGCGUGUGGGACGUGGUGCGCCAGAACUGGAUCGUGCCGAACCCGCGCGGCCGCUACGCGAUCUGGGUCGGCGACGCGAGCGAUAACCUCCGGGUCGCGUGCUACACAGACACGCUGACGUGCGAGGAGGGUCUCGAGCCCCCCGUCUGAACCAAGGUGAGGGGUGAUUAAAGAAGG